CCGAAAUACAAGAUCUGAUAUAUGAUCGUGCAUACACAUUUAAUUAUGAUAGGCGACUAUUUUUGAAUGAUGGUGCUGCACUUCAGUUGCAAUGUAUGGCUUCCGGUGUUCCAGAACCAAAAAUUGUAUGGAAAAAGACAGGGAAUGACAACUAUGUAUCUGAGGGUUCUGUUUUGGAUGUGCCAUCAGUGACCAAAUCUGAUAGUGGGUUUUAUUUUUGUGAAGCUGACAAUGGUAUAGGCGAUCCAGUGAUAAGUACAGAAUUAGAAGUUAAGGUAUUGGAAUUCUUUCCACCAAAAAUGAAGUAUACUUCGGAACCAGUUAUAACAAUAACAGAAGAAUUAAACCAUUACUGGACGAAAGUGGUUACCGAAAUGGAGGUCUUGGUUAAUGGUCUACCUCCCCCAACCGUCACAUGGUGGAAGGAGACUGAAAGCGGAAGAGAGCGGAUUAUGCGAGAAAGUACUUCUAAUCAUCGUAAUCUAAUUUAUGAGGGUUUUUUCUCUUAUCCUGAGACCGAGACAGAUCACAAGCUGAUAAUAGAAGGCCUCAAGGAGUUCCAGCUAGGCACCUAUGUUGCUAAGGCAGAAAAUAGUCUUGGUGUUGCUGAAUUAAAUUUUACAAUAAAUGCUGCUGGGACUGUAAUACAGAGAUAAGAGUAUGGACAUGCACCUUAUCACAUGUAAAUAAAAUAAAUAAACAUUACUCCAGAUGGAUAAAUGAUUCAUAAUUUGCCAUAG